AUGACUCUAUCAAGGGAAAAAGAAAUAUCAACCCUAGAAAUGAACCCCAAGUCGAUGCAUCUAACUAAAGCUGGCCCAUGGUUUGUGCGGAUGGGGAACCGGGUGUUAGACGCUAAGUUUGUUUCUCCAUUGUUUUUGAUGGAUAGGGAAGUGGUGGAAACUUGCCAACCCCAAGUAGGAAGUGGUGGAAAUCGUAGCCACGUGACUUUUAAAGUUGGAAGACUUGAACCAAUUGACUUCAUAUGGAAUAGGAUAACAUCACAGUUCAAAAAUUAUUCAUAUAUAAUGCCAUCUCUAGUUCUUGUGGAUGAACCAACAAGCACUCUCAAAUACACAUUAUUCUUGUUAAUUAAGAAAUUGUUUCAGGGACUUAAUCUGCUUGAUUUAGCAACAGCAAGCCCUGAAGCUAGAGGAAAUGCCACAGACUUACAAGCUUUAGUCCAAUUCAAAGCCAAGAUAACUGGUGAUCAGUUCAAGAUUAUGGAGUCCUGGAAUAGUUCCAUUCACUUUUGUCAGUGGCCUGGUGUUACAUGUGGUCGCAAGCAUCAGAGAGUCACCAAGUUGGAACUCCAAUUCUUUAAAAUCUCGGGAUCUUUGUCACCAAACAUUGGAAACUUGAGCUUUCUCAGGGAAUUGAGACUUGUGGGCACCAACUUCUACAACCAGAUUCCGCAGGAAAUUGGUCGUUUAAGAAGAUUAGAAGUAUUAGACCUCACCAAUAACUCCAUCAGUGGUAAAAUUCCUUCCAAUUUAUCUUCUUGUUCUAAGCUUACAGUUGUUGAUAUGGCACGCAACCAGCUAACAGGAGAAAUACCUACUUGGUUGGGUCUCUUGUCAAACCUGAGAGUCUUGGGGUUUUCCCGCAACAGUUUGAGAGGGAGUAUCCCACAUUCCUUGGGGAACCUAUCAUCUCUGGAGAAGCUUCGUUUGGCGCGUAAUGCAUUAAGUGGGAUUAUACCUGAAGCUCUUGGACAACUGACAAAACUUUCAUAUCUCUCUAUAGCAACAAAUGCAAUUUCUGGUGUUGUUCCUGUCACAAUGCUCAACCUCUCCAAUAUGAGAGCUUUCGAUAUUAGUGAAAACAAGAUUCAAGGUACUCUUCAUUCUAGCUUGGCAAUCACCAUGCCAUAUGUUGAAUUCUUUUCCAUAGUAAGCAACCAAUUCUUCGGACAAAUCCCUAUUUCAAUAUGCAAUGCCUCAAAUCUAAAUGUACUUGAAUUUGCUCUUAACAUUUUCAGUGGAGACGUGCCUUCGUUAGAAAAGUUGGAUAAACUGUCUAACCUUCAACUAGAGGCAAACCACUUGGGAUACGGAAGACAAGGUGACUUGAACUUUCUCUGCACUUUACUCAAUAAAACCUUAAGUUAUCUGUCUUUAGGCAUGAAUAAUUUUGGAGGGGAACUUCCGGAAUGCAUUAGCAAUUUUUCCAACACCCUUGUGGGUUUAUCAAUGGAGAAGAAUAAAAUAUGGGGAAGAAUUCCGGAUGGGAUUGGAAAUCUCAACAAUUUGGAGGUGAUAGGGGCAAAUGAAAAUAAACUAUCAGGCUCCAUUCCCUUUGAAAUUGGGAGGCUUCAGAAUCUAAAGGUGUUUUUCGCUUUUGGUAAUUUUCUCUCUGGGAUUAUUCCUCAAUCUAUUGGAAAUUUAACAGAGUUAAUCCAGCUUAAUUUAGAAUUUAACAAUAUUCAAGGCAACAUUCCUUCAAGUUUAGGUAACUGCCAAAAUUUGCUUUCAAUGAGUCUUUCUCAUAACAAUCUUAGUGGACCUAUACCCCCUCAAGUACUUGGAAUCCCAUCCAUGUCCAUUACUUUAGAUUUAUCAUCAAAUGAUUUGACCGGCGAACUUCAUGUUGCAGUAGGUUAUAUGAAAAAUCUAGCUGAAUUCUAUCUUUAUAAAAACAUGUUAUCUGGGUUGAUUCCAAACAACCUCGGUAGCUGUGUAAGUCUAGAGAUGUUGUUCUUGGAUGGGAAUUUGUUUGAAGGUCCUCUUCCUUCUUCUUUGAGUUCAUUGAAAGGUCUUGAGGCAUUGGAUGUAUCUGAUAAUAAUCUUUCGGGGAGUGAUGCCAAGUGA